CAUGCAGUACAAGGGGACAAAAUACCAGACGUAUGUCGCAGUCACUACAUUUUGCUGCACCAUGUUAUGUGCGUCUUUAAACUGUGAAAGGAAAUCAAAAGAAAACUGUCUUGAGGAUUGCCAAUGGAGCAAGGUGGACAAGUGCAUUGAUUGUCCGGAUGGCUUCUAUGGAAUAAACUGUUCAAGACAAUGCAGGUAUCCAAACUAUGGGAAAGAUUGUCAACAGGAUUGUUCACAUUGUAACCGGGAAAUAUGUAAUUCAACCUUUGGGUGUCUGACGCAGGACGGGACAAUUGAAAGAGAAUAUCAGAAAUUGCCAGGUGAUUCAAAUCUCCCAAUGGUUAUCGGAAUUGUCGUCGGGGUUUCAGCUGUACUGGUCAUUGCAACUCUUCUUAUCAUUGAAUUAGUAAACAGACGAUUCCACUCAAGACAAAUAAAACUAAACGCCCAUUACGUUGGAUCUGUCAUCUCAGAACACAUCACUAGCACUCUUUGGAGACCAACUGAACAACGCAUUGAUAUUUGCGAUGUAGAUAUAUCUACUGACAACAGUAUCUACAUGCUAGCAGACUCACGUCGAUAUGAAAACAUGUAACUCCAAGGAAUAUGUAUAUCUUUUUUUAAAUGCCAAAUUUUUACUUUUUGAAUGAGUAAAAAAUGAUGAUCGUGUUUCGAAACCAAUGUGAAAUACAUUGUAGACUAUCUAAUGUAUGUUUUUCUAUAAGAUAUAACAGGUGUUAUAUUUUGUAUCUGCACUAUUUCUUAUUUUUCAUUUAGUUCAAUGCUUUUCCUCAUGAUCA